CAUUGUUCAGCUUCCAAGUCGAGUGACCGAGUUCAGGGUGGUCCAACCGAGGUUGCGAAGGAUGGCUCCGUUGUUCCCCAUUCUGAGCGCCAAGGACCUAGUGAAGAGAUUUGAAUGCAUCCACAAGUUGACCGAAGAUGACAUUCUGCGACCUACGGCCGAUGUCAUGUGGCAAGCAUAUGAGGCGAUUGUCGCUUUCGCGUUGCCAAGGAAGAGGAACCAAUUUGUGGACAACGCGUUUGCGAGAUCAUGCACUGACGCACCAGAGACGUAUCACGAGUCAAUAGGAAUCAUCCGUCUAUUUCAAUCAGUUUCACGUAUCCUGUCAGCUGCGGAUUCAUCAUGGUUCACAAUGCGAGACUUGUUAAAGCCAAAUUCAGGCCGAACAAUCCGUGCGCUCUCCGCUUUUGCAAACUUCUAUAUGUUCAUUGAACAGUAUUCGGGUGCUCUGGAAGAAACUGUUUAUGCGAACCGCGAGAUUACGGAGACUAAACAGAGGCUUGAGGAUAAAAUAGCUGAGGUGAACACGGAAACUGCAUCACAGGAUGAACAGAAUAAGGAAGAUGAAAACGAAGCAGAAUGCUUUAAGGCGGAAAUGGAUGCUCUCCAAAAGAAGAUCCAAGCAGCAACCAAGCAGCAAUACAAAGUUAUGGAAUCUGUAUCGACCAAGCAGGAGCAGCUGAAGGAACUGAAUGCCGAGAUAUUGGCAGAGAAGGGCAGGGCUGUUAAUGCCAAGGCAGAAGCACAGGUUCUUCAGCAUCAGAUUGCCCAGUCCCCUACGAUGUUGGAGGCGGCGCUUAAACGAGUUGAAGAAGAUAUUGAGCAACAAACCGAAUUGAAGAAGGAAGAAGCUGAAAAUGCAGUGAUUUUUCGCCAUAAAUUGGUGAUGUCGCAAAACGUCCUUGAGGCGAUCAAGCGUCGGGACGAGACAAUGGAGCUGGCUGUAAUUGCUGCUGAUCGAUGUAGCAACCUGAAAUCGGAUAUCCAAUCCAGGAGGUAUGCCAUCGAGAAGCUGAAGCAACGAAGGGAGACUCUGAGAAGGAAGGCGGAACGGAUUCCCCUAGAAGAUGCCAUUCGAGCAAAGAAACACGAGGCAUGGAACAAGCAGCUAGAGGAACUGCAGACUGCCCUGGAGUUCGCUAAAAGAGACAAGGAAGCUAUGCACAAGGAACUGCUGCAUGGGGAGUCAUCCUUUUUCGAGGGAAGAAUGAAGCUCCAGAGAGAGAUUCAAGAAAAGGGUGUCCAGGACGGCCAACGACGACAGCUGUAUGAGGAGAGAAAGAGCCAUCAUGGGCGGUCGGCUAUGGAACUUUUUUCAAUGGCACGAAGCUACAUGCGAAGGGCAAGGGAAGAAAUGGGGAUUUCUACAGUAAACGGUGGUGAUGGAUGAGGGAUGAGGGGGUGUGUGAUGCUCGUGUUCUGUAAGCGGGGACCCCGAGACGAUUGUGUAGUCCAAACUACUGGUUGGCGAUGGAUCUGCAUAUUGGUAAAUAAUGGUUAUGCUCAAAA